AUGGCCUCUUCAGGGAAGGCCACCCUGGAGCAGUUUUCUGGCGGGGACUUUGCGGAGUACCGGGAACGGCUUGAGUUUUAUUUUCUCGCAAAUGACAUCGGUGUUGUUUCAGCCAGUGCAAACUCAUCGGAGAAAGAACGCGUACGUAAGAAGAUGAUUGCACAUCUAAUCUCUUCACUGUCGAAAGACGUCUACUCCACUUUGCGGAACCUCUGUCUGCCGGAGUCAAUAUCGGACAAGACCUUCGAGCAGAUUUGUGACCUACUGAAUGGAUAUUACAGAGUGGAGCGUUCCACGAUGACUUCUUCUUUUCAAUUUCGCGAUUGCAACCAGAGACCAGCGGAAAAGCUGGUAGAUUACGCAAAUCGUUUGAAACGUGCGGCAGUAGCCUGCGACUUUGGGUCGCAUUUAGACAGAUCCCUAAAAGAUCAAUUUAUGGCAGGAGUCUACAGUCAGGAGAUCAAGCGGACGAUUCUGACUAGUCCUGACAGCAAGACGAAGAAGUUUCAGGAUGUGCUGGAUAUCGCUUUACGGGAGGAGCGCGCCAUCAUGUUUGCUGAGCAGCUUACUCCAGGUACUACUACUAGUACUAGAUCAACAUCUACGCCGUCCGAGUCAGUCAACAAGAUGAGAGCUACCACUACCAGUAAAUCCAAGUCAGCAAGUGCAUCUAGAAAGCCAAAUCACUCGCAGGACCAGAAAGGGUCAAAGUCGACGAAGGGCAAGGUAAAUGAUGUGGUCUGGAAACGACACCGUAACCAACUCCGGCCACGUUCAAUACCACUUUCUCAGUUAGCAGAACAGACACGUUCUGCACCACAGCAGCAACAACUCCAGCCGCAGCAGCAGCAGCAACAACAACUGUCACCACAACAGCAACAGCCUCAGCCGCAGCAGCAGCAGGUGCCACAGCAGUUGCCGCCUCAGAAGGCUCAACAGCCGACGACUUCACAGCAGAAAGAGCAGCCCAUGCAACAGUCGCAGGAUGAGCAGGGUCAACAGUCGUUAGCUUCUACAGCCCCAGCUGAUGCUGUACCUGUUGACCGGCAGGUGACUCGAUCUGGUCGGUCAGUCGUAAGACCAGCUCGGUAUAACGGAUGA